CCUCCAUCUCUUUUUUUCUCAUUGAUCAAGUCUCCUCUCUUUUCUUCUUGUUACUUGGAUCUCGACUUCAUUCCGAGUCUUAUUUCUACAACUUGCCCCGGAAUACCAGAGAAAAACUGCAAAGAUGGGUAUUAAGCAACUCUUUUCGAUCAUCAAGGAGGAAGCUCCAGAUUCGAUCAAGGAGGGUGAGAUCAAGAACCAGUUCGGCCGCAAGGUCGCCAUUGAUGCUUCAAUGAGUAUCUACAGUUUCCUUAUCGCCGUACGAUCCGAAGGCCAACAGCUCAUGAACGAGAGCGGCGAGACAACAUCGCAUCUCAUGGGCAUGUUCUACCGUACUCUGCGCAUGGUUGACAACGGAAUCAAGCCCCUCUACGUUUUCGAUGGUGCACCACCUAAACUCAAGUCUGGCGAGUUGGCCAAGCGUUUCCAGCGCAAGCAGGAAGCUACCGAAGGCCUCGAGGAGGCUAAGGAGACUGGUACAGCAGAAGAUAUCGAGAAGUUCUCACGACGAACUGUUCGUGUCACUCGAGAGCACAAUGCCGAAUGCCAGCGUCUACUCAAGCUCAUGGGCAUUCCUUACAUCAUUGCACCUACUGAGGCUGAGGCCCAGUGUGCUGUCUUGGCCCAGGCUGGCAAGGUGUAUGCGGCCGCCAGUGAAGAUAUGGACACUCUUUGCUUCAACGCACCCAUUUUACUGCGCCAUCUUACUUUCAGCGAACAACGCAAAGAGCCCAUCCAGGAGAUUCACCUAGAGAAGGUCCUCGAGGGCCUUAACAUGGAGAGGAAGCAGUUUGUGGAUCUUUGUAUCCUGCUCGGCUGCGAUUACCUUGACCCAAUUCCCAAGGUCGGCCCCAGCACUGCCCUGAAGCUGAUCCGUGAGCAUGGUUCAUUGGAGAAGGUUGUCGAGGCGAUUGAGAAAGAUCCCAAGAAGAAGUAUACUAUUCCUGAGGACUGGCCCUAUAAGGAUGCUCGGGAUCUAUUUUUCGAGCCCGAUGUGCGACAAGCCGACCACCCUGACUGCGAUUUCAAGUGGGAGAAGCCUGACAUGGAAGGCCUUGUUCAGUUCCUCGUCACAGAGAAGGGGUUCUCGGAGGAUCGUGUUCGCAGUGGAGGUGCCCGGCUGGAGAAGAAUCUCAAGAGCUCUCAACAAGCUCGACUAGAGGGUUUCUUCAAGCCUGUUCCCAAGACAGAUGCUGAGAAGGCAGCACACAAGCGAAAGCUGGAUGAGAAGAAUGAAGAGAAGCGAAAGAAGGCUAAGCAGGAGAAGAAGGACAAGGCUGCUUCUAAAGCCAAGCCUCGAGGUACCAAGUGAAAGGAUACAUGGCAUUGCAGUGAGACAAGAAUCUGAUGUCUUGGGGGGUAUGGAAAAGGGUUAGCUACGUGCUGGGAUCGGGAACGGAGUUUUUGGCGUUGUGGAGUGGUAUAUACCACCUGGAGGCUUUAUCCGGUGGCAUUAACAGCACUACGAUGGAUUUCUAUAGAGAUAAUCUGUCCGCGUAAUGAACGGCCUCAAGGGGAACGUCCUGAAGCAGGGGAGUUAAAGGACUCCUUAGUUUACGCUAAAUCAACUUAAACAUUUUUGUUA